AUGAGUAAAGCACUCCCAUUGAUAUUAUGUGGAAGACAUGCACAUAUCAGUAGAGCAGCAAGUGAUGCUCUCAAACCUCAAUUCGAUGAAUCAGCAAAAGAAGAAAUUCCACAAUUGCUUCACAAACAUUCAUCCUUCAACGAGCAAAUUGCAGGUGUUGUAUUCGGAGGAGGAUUUGAUCAAAAAAGCUUUGAUCGGAUAAGAGCAUCUGUUUGGAAUUAUAGCAAAGAACAUGUACCUGAUGGUAAUCUCUUCACUACUUGGCUAAGAAAUGACCUAAAGACAAAGUAUCAUAACAAUCCACUAAUACCUGAAAAGCAAGAAUUAUAUGGUCAAGAAGUUGGUCAAAGAGCCAAAAAGCGACUUUUAGCUUUACUUGCUUCAGGGCAUCUUCAGCCGCCUAAAGAUAAAGUGUAUUUCUUUUAG